AUGCUUCUAGUGUGUCCUGUAUAUGAUGUAUAGAAUUUAUAGUUGUUAAUGUUAAAUAUUCUCUUUUUAGAAUUACAUAUGAUUCAUUUUAUAUAUUUCAUAUAUAAAAAAUAAUAUAAUGAAGUUCUUAGAAUUAACACGUAUAUUUUCACUUAUUUUAAUAAUGAUAAAUAUUGUAUCAACGGAAUUUUCAGCUGAUGAUUGUAAAAGUUUAGGCUUCAACAAAGCUAAUUUACUUUGUUCAACUUGUGAGGAAUUUAAUAAACAUAAUUUAACAGAAAUACUAAAUAAUUGCAAAGAAUGUUGUUUAAAAGAUGAUGAUUACGAUGCGUCUGGGUUAAAACGAUAUCCACGUGCUGUUCUCGAAGUAUGUACAUGCAAAUUUGGUGCAUAUCCUCAAAUUCAAGCAUUCAUAAAAAGUAAUAGACCUAAUAAAUAUAAAAAUUUGCAAAUAAAAUAUGUUAGAGGUUUAGAUCCAAUAAUUAAAUUAUUUGAUGCAGACAAUAAAGUUGAAGAUAUUCUGGAUAUACAUAAAUGGGAUACUGAUUCUGUUGAUGAGUUCUUAGCAACUCAUCUUUCUAUGGAUUAACAUGUAUAACAUGUAUUUAAUGAUAUAAUUAAAUAUUAUUUUAUUAAAAUUAUAUUUUAAAUAAAAUAUAAUAAUCACGUUUUUCUAUAAUCAUAUAUAAUUUAUAUAUAAUUUUAAAGAUAAA